AUGGCACGUUUCAGGCCCCCGACAGCUGUUGGGAGACCUCCUCGGGGACGUGGACCUGGCUUUGGUGCAGGUGGCACGGGGUUCGGCUACAAGGGCACUGGCUUUGGCUACAGGGCUGGUGGAGUCUCCAGGCCACGCACCAUCACAACAGUCACCAUCAACAAGCAACUGCUACAACCGCUCAGGCUGGAACUCGACCUCAGCGCGCACACGGUGAAAUACCAAGAGAAGGAGCAGAUCAAGACCCUCAACAACAAAUUUGCUUCUUUCAUUGACAAGGUCCAACAGCUGGAACAGCAGAACAAGGUGCUGGAGACCAAGUGGAGUUUUCUGCAGGGUCAAAACCACUGCAAGAACAUCGUCACGCCCAAGUUAGAGGCUUGUGUUGGUAACUUGAAGAAGCAGCUGGAAGUGCUGGGGUGCAACAGAGCUCGGUUAGAAACGGACCUGAAAGCAGCACAGCAGGUUUUGGAAACCAACAAGAAAAAGUACGAGGACGAGCGGAGCCAGCGGGCGAGCGCCGAGAGCGAGUUUAUGGCCCUGAAGAAGGAUGCAGGCUGUGUUUUCUUAAACAAAGCAGAGCUGGAAGCCAAGGUGGAAAACCUGCAAGAAGAGGCUGAAUUCCUGAGAAUGUUCUACAAAGAGGAAAUCCACCAGCUCCAGGCCCAGAUCUCGGAUACUUUGGUGGUCAUGCAGAUGGGCAAGAGCCAAGAUCUCAACUUGGGUGGCAUCACUGCCAACGUCAAAGCUCAGUACGAGGACGUCGCCCGCAGGAGUCAGGCAGAAGCGCAAGCCUGGUAUAAAAGCAAGUUGGAGGAGCUGCGAGUCACUGCAGUCAGAAAUGCUGACAGCCUGCGAAGGACAAAAACCAAGAUCUCUGAGCUGACACGGACAGCUCAGAGACUGAACAGAGAAGUCAGAAGCACUAAGGACCAGCGCUGCAAGCUGGAAGCCGCCGUGGCCGACGCUGAGCAGUGCGGGGAAACGACCGUGAAAGAUGCAAAGAACAAACUCUCAGAGCUGAAGCAAGCCCUGCAUCAGGCCAAGGCAGACCUGACCCAGCAGCUCCAUGAGUACCAGGAGCUCCUGAACAUCAAGCUGGCCCUGGACAUCGAGAUUGUCACCUAUAGGAAGCUGCUGGAGGGUGAGGAGAGCAGGUGA